UCCAGCUCCCACUUUCCAAUUCUUCACACCUCGAAAACCUAAUCCCCAAAUUCUGAACGCAAUCGACACAAUCUCCGGCAUGGCGACGAACCCGUCGGAGGGCUACGCCGCCGACUUCUUCGACCAAAUCCUCUUGAUGCCUCCCUACGCCGGACUCACCGCUACCACCGUCAGUAGUUCGUCGGUGACACCGCCGUUGAACCCUAGUGCCUCGCAGCUCUACCAACCGCCGUCCAUGUUUCCGCCCGGCCUCAGCAUGCGUAGCUCCCUUGCUGCUGUUGGCAACGCUGGACUUCAGGAUGCAGUAGCUGUGAAUAGCAUGAGCAAUUUGUAUCCUUGUUUUGAUCAAUCACAGACUCAUUCUAUCUCUCAGGCAUUUCAAGGUCAUCCUACAACCGGUCCAGCAGUCUCUGCGCCGCCUUCCAUUAGGCCAAGGGUACGGGCACGAAGGGGGCAAGCAACUGAUCCACACAGUAUUGCUGAGAGGCUGCGCAGGGAAAGGAUAUCGGAGAGGAUCAAGGCAUUGCAAGAAAUCGUUCCCAGCUGCACCAAGACGGAUAGAGCUGCCAUGCUCGAUGAGAUACUGGAUUACGUCAAGUUCCUUAGGCUUCAGGUCAAGGUUAUGAGCAUGAGUAGAGUGGGUGUGGCUGGAGCUGCAGCACAGAUCAAUGCUGAACCUAAUAAUCCCGUGUGGGAGAAGUGGGCGAGCGAGGAAACAGAAUGCGAGGUAGCUAAACUCAUGGAAGAUGAUGUGGGAGCUGCUAUGCAGUUCCUCCAAUCCAAAUCACUCUGCAUCAUGCCUAUCUCACUUGCAUCACUAAUCUACCCCACUACUCUACCGGACGACUCUACACUUGUCAAAGCUGAGCCCUCAUGAACCAUCUAGAAAAACUUUUUGCACGUGCCUUUGACAACUCCCGGUAUCCCCUCUAUUUGCCUAUAAAUAGAUGUUAAAAUCACUUUCUACUCAGUUGUUUUGCAUACUUGCCAUAUGCAAUCCCACACCUCUGCCUUUCUCGGCUUAUCAUGUCUUGUAGAAGUCGACCCUAAUCCUACUUUUUUCGUCAUCUCUCCCUAUGACCCAGCUGGAAGGCUAAACUUUGGAUAGAUGCUCCCAAAAUCAUGAUAUUGUAUGUUGUAUGUAAAUCUAAUAUUAGGAUGGCAUUGUAUGUUGUAUGUAAAUUUAUGGUCAUAAUUUUGCCUCAUGUUCUGUCCCUUA